AGCGCUUGAUCUUGAUCAAUCUAUAUCCUCCUCCUGCCACUGGCGAUAUCCUUCGCCUACGAUUCCCUUGAGAAACGGUCUGGUUACCAGCUGUCAACGUUUCGGUGUACGAAGGAACGAUUUCUUCGAAACGACCCAUAUCUACCAAUUGUUGUACUUCUUGGAUAGAAUUGCAGGCUUGAACUCAUGGCGCAAGUAAACACGUUACGCCUUGACAAACUACCUCCCGAGUUGCUCCAUCACCUCAUGCAAGUCAGCUACACCAGUGAAGCUCGGCGGCUUGGAUCUUGCUCUCGACUGUUCCGCGAAAUCUCCCUUUGUUAUAUUCAUGAUACACACCAUGUGGGCAUUUUCAAUGUUGACCGCUGGGACACGUAUCCUGGUCUGCUUCUAGAGUCACCUGCGCUCUGGGACUAUGUAAUGAACUUUCUUAUGGAUUCCUGUUACGUGUGUGAUGACUACCUUGAUUACCUUUCGUCCCGUCCGGAUAUCCUCAGGCGAAUCCGAACGCUUCUUAUCUCCGACGAAUGGUCAGAAAAUGUGGCGAUAUUCAGAGGAACUCACUACUUCAGGAAUCGUUAUCCUUUCGCGGAUGAACUGAUGCUAACUGUCGUCGCCGAUUCCAUUAACCUCACGCACAUUUCUAUUCGUUUCUGGCACCUUACGGAGGACUUCCUCACUAUUGUGUCACAGCUGAAGAAUCUCACUUCCAUCGAGUGUCGUAUGUGCACAAUCUUUCCCAACUCGCUGGGCUCCGUUCCUUCGUUGUCCGUGUCUCACCUGGCCGUUGGAUUGUCGGGAGAGUCGAUGCAGAGAGAUAUCUGAAUAUCCUUCCUUCGUGUCCAAAGAUACGCAGCCUCACGAUCUACGGCAACAAACCAGGGAUAUACGAUGAUACACACGGCGUGCUCCCACCAUCAGAGGUCCUUACUCUUGCUGAUCCUCUUUCAAAACUGGAGAAGUUCAUUGCGUGUGUUAUUCAUCAGCAAGAUGUUAUCCAACUCAUAACGUGGCUGAGCGUAGCCAAACAUGGGAGCCCUACCAGGUCUCUGUCGUUCACGCACUUCAAGCUGGGUUUAGAUCCUGGGCCUACAGGUAUUGGCAUGACAAAAACCUGGUUGCUUGACCUCGUAGAAGCACUCCGAGGAUCUCCCAUGCGGCAUCUUGCCCUGGACUGGGUCGACUAUGCAGAACCCGAUCUCUUCGGCAUCAUUGCUGCUGCAUUCCCCAACCUCGAGUCCUUGACAUUGUAUUACAUAUCGCCAGGACUGGAGAGGGACAAAUUUAAUGCCGCUUAUCGACGUGGAGUUGGGUGGCCGCAUUCAACUGAGGAGUACGCACUUCAACUACGGAACUUCAAAUGCUUGAAGCAUCUCGCGUGGAACCUGGUUGAAGCCAACAAAACCUAUCACCACUGGACGCAUUACAACAAGCCCGGUUCCAAUAAAAUCGCUGCUCUUCAGGUAUUCCUGGAGCAAUGUCCUUCAUUGGAAGUGGUUGCGGUUUUCAAUAACACUACAGUGUGGCGUGCAUAUCGUAAGUGGUGCGUAGACGGACAUCCAUGUUUUCAAAGGGAUGAUCCGGAGGCAACGUAUAUAGCUAAGCUGUAUAAUCCAUGUCCUCCCUAUUCAUUCUGGCCUGAC